ACAGGAAGAAAUGAAAGUGACAUUGUUUGUGGUAAUGGGCUGCAACCCAAUCUGUUUGCAUGAGAGUUUUCGACUUGCGUUUCAUCCAUGGCCAGUUUUUGCUGCUCCAUUGAAAUGGAGCCCAGGACAUUGAAUGAAGGGCAAAUCACCCUUGCCAGAGAAGUAGCGGAAGACAUUGUGCAAAAGAAGGAGCACAAUGAAGCAUCGGGUAUCUUCAUUGAGGGACUUAGACCAGUUGUUACCGUCAAGGAGAUGACAGAAAUGGCUCAAAAUCAAAAGGGAGAUUCAAUGCUUGACAUUAUUGGUUGCAAGGAGAAGGCUGCUGCAGCUGGCAUCUCAGAAACAUCUUGCCAAUGCUUACGUGCUUCUGAUAUCGUCGAAUCCCCGGAUCAAGCUGAAGUACUUAAGGAGCCACUUUCGGCUCCUUUUUGAAACUUCCCACUGAAGUUGAGAUUGGUGGUAAAUUGAUCCAUCUUGUAAAACCAGAGGUUUUGAAGUGAUUGGUUUAUAUUUAUUGAAUGUUAUGUAUUAGUUGAUCUGUAUUAAUUAAUUAAGCUGGUUAAAGAGUUGAUCAAGGAUCACAAUUAUGGAAGACCCUCUCUCUGUUGGCAUAUAUAUUGUAAUUAUUAUACACUGCUGUCUUCUAGGCUUUGGACUUGCAUGUGUCUAAUAAAAUGUGCACUUCUUUC